AUGGAACUGAGAGACAAAAAGCUGAGAAUUUUUCGCCUCUCACGUAACGCGGAAGAUUGGGUCGUCUAUAGGCAACUUAGGAAUUCUAUAAAAACAUCUUUAAGAGCAGCAGAGUCCAACUUUGUCCGGAAUCAAAUUGAGGAAUAUAAAGGUAAUUCAAGAUCUAUGUGGAAAGUGAUUAGGGGGUGUCUGCCAAGCAAAGAUUCAGAAAAACCCGUUUACCAGAAAGACCACAAAAAAUUAGCCAAUGAAUUUAAUGAAUAUUUUGCUUCUGUGGGGAAGAUUGCAGCCGACAAGGUCAAGAGACUUGCGGAAGUUAACAACAUUCAGAUUUACUGCUUUACCACCUGCAAGACACCGAUCUUCUCUUGA